AUGUCUUCCAUCCUCGACCCAGCCCCAACAAUGCUCCUCCCCGGGCUUCCACCGAAGACCCUCGUCGGCAUCGACCUCAUAACCUUUACUUCGACGCCCAAAUUCCACGGAAUCAGAGAUCUCCCAGAUGGAUGGCACUUUCUGUACACUGGAACGACAGAGAGCUUGUCCCUUCGCUCUGGCGCAUGGUUCUACGUUGGCGAUAUCGACGCACUUCAUCGCGAACACAAAGACACAGCGCUAGUCCUGCGCAAAACGAACGAAGACCAGAAUUCCGGACCGGUGGUCUACAUCUGGAACUGGAACUCUGAUAUUGAAUCUCUUAUCUCGUUGAAACCCGGUGACGCUGCGGAUACUCGGAUGGCGAUGUACUACAAGGCCAAUUUGGCUGGUAUCUGGCAAAGUGGAGGGUUAUUUCGAUAUCGAAGUAGGAUAACUAGACCACCGGCAAAGAAUCCAGAGUCAAAUGAGGAUUCUGAGCAGGUGGAACAAGCGCAGAUCCAAGAUGAUGAGGAAACAGAAGAAACGGGGCGCGAGGAUUGGAGACUUCUUACCAAUCGCUUGUCGCCUCCUCUUCUAAGCCGUAUUGUCGGUGAUCCGAACUAUGAUGUCGAUACUCAUCCUCGGUGGAUGGUCACGUCGGCUAGCACGGCGGAGUGUGAUGCGGAUCGUAUCCCUGGACUCGAUCCACAGACAGUUGGGGGAGAUGGUGUUCCGGGGACAACUGGGGAGCAAGAGCGAGCCUUCAGGUUCAUCGAAAUUGACCUGAAAUAUACAUGGCGGGAAGGCGCUGUCGGGCGCGAAAGAACGACGGCAGCUCUGGAUCGGUCGUGGGCACUGGGAGACUUGAUACAUAGUUUCUCCCGAUAUACGCAUCCGAUUUCUGGAGAAGUAUCCUUCGAUGAGACUGUUGGCGAGCGACAGCUGCUUGGAGAAAUGCAGUUUACAUUUUUAAUGGUUCUGACAAUGAUGAACUACUCUUGUCUACAGCAGUGGAAGCGAAUCCUGGAACUGGUUCUGACUUCCUCCGUUGCUAUCAUUGAAAGGGAGGCAUUUAUGACUGAGUUUUUGGCUCUGUUGCUUCGGCAGCUGAAACGGUGUGAUGAUGUGGAGGGGGGAUUGUUUGAUAUGGAUGGUGAUGAUGGGGGUGCGUUUCUGCGUGACCUGCUUAAGAAACUUAGGCGGUCUGUUGAUGAGCGUGUUGGGGUGGACGACAAAUCUCUGGUUCGAAAUGAGCUUGCUAGUCUGGAAAAAUGGGUUAAAGAGGAAUAUGAUUGGGAAUUGGCGCAUGAGAGUUUUGUUAGGCGUGGAAUGGUUCGUCUUGAAGAUGGUGAGGAGGUUGAGAUUGAUAUGAAUGAUGAUGACGAGGAUGAAGAGACUGGUGAGUAUGCGCCGAUGGUUGUUGACUCGGAGCAAAAUAAAUUUUGA